CAAAACAACGUCACGUAACGUCAUUGUCAUGUCAGUGGUGUUUGUGCUAUCGUGAAAUUGUUAUUGUUUUUCUAUUGUGUUGUAACGAAAUAAUAAUAAAAAUGAAAAAUUUGCCCGUUUUCGUUUUUCCAGUGUCAUUGGAAUUUUAUCUUAAUGCAAGACAUACACACAAGCAAUUACUAACUGUCUACAACCCUUAUGAAUUCCCUGUAAAUUUUAAAGUACUAUGUACCUCGCCCAAGAAGUUUACCGUUAUUGACCCUGAAGGUGUGAUCGCUCCACAGAGUUGCAUCGACAUAGUAGUUCGAUACACACAGCUGUCACAAACACAUUCUGACUCAAUUGAGAAGUUUAGAAUAACCAUGUACGACAAAAACACCCAGCAGGUUCUCGGUAAAAGGGACGUUUUGACAAAGUUGAUAGAAGGAGAGCCUUCAAAUAUAAGUCAAGAGUGUUUAGGGGAUGAUUUCCAUCCUCUUACAAUGAGGCCAGCUCCUUUGAGAUCAACAGAGGAACAUUCCCGAGUGGCACCAUGUUCACAUGUUUCCCACAGAGGUAUGAGGAACAGGGUGGAAAGUUCCUCAUCCUCCAUUGAAAAGGGAGGAUCCUCCGACCAGGCGAGGUGUUCGUGCCUGGUGGGCUACUGCCCGACGGUUGUUGUCGGGAUAUCUGUAUAG